UGCUGUCUGAGACGCGGACCGGAGCGUGACACGAAAGCGAGAUUUAUGCGCAAAAAUGAUCGUGCCAUUCACCAUUCAGUUGUUGUAGUUGUUGCUCGUUGCGCAUUACGCGCGAAUUGUCGGUACGACCCUCUCCAUCGUCUAUCAGCGCGCCUGUUGGGGCACAGUGGCUGUCUGUCCGUCCGUUAAUGUGUCCAACCCACUGAUCUUUUGCAGACUGUAAUCUUAUCAGUGUCAAACCGUAGCUGCCCUUUCCUCUCGGGCAGUUUCUGCCUGUCUUUGGAUGGCGUUUGCGCCAGAAUUUGGAUAAAAUAACGAUUUGUAUCAGAUAAGAAUUUUGUCAGCAAAGGGAUUAGUUGCAUUUACAGCUAGAAGCGCGUUUGAUUGUGUGAUAAAAUGAACAUUUGACCGUUUUAAACUUUCGACCAGAAGAAGACAUGGAAUCUACAUGUAAAGAAAGGAGUCUUUUAUACUUACUUCUCUUUGCGAUAUGCACAGCCAGCGUUUGCUUUUGUGCAAGAAGAUCAAAUGUUCGGAGAUCUGAUCGCCUGAGUCCCCCAUUGGACAUCCAGCUGGAGACAAUCAACUGCACUGCCUUUAGUGUGCGAUGGAAGAUGCCCCGGCGACACGUUAGCACCAUCACUGGAUACAAGGUCUUCUAUACAGAGGUGAGGAAUGGCCGUCCAUUGGGUGCAGCGUCUUUGAUGGAGGUGCCUCUAAGCUUGGACAUGCUAACCACUGGGCAAUUUGACGGACAAGCAAGCUUUGAUGUGGACAUUGCUAACUUAAAGAUGAACACCAAGUACAGAGUCAGUGUUGGAGCAUAUGGUUGGGCAGGGGAGGGUAGACCCAGCAUGCCCAGAGACAUCGGCACUGCUUCACAUGAAAUGUGCAUGCCCCCUUCCCCCCCCACCACGCCUGUCGUCAUGGCGGUAUCUGACACAGAGCUGGCGUUGUCAUGGCAGCAAGGAGAGAGCGAGGGAAGUGCACCUGUUCUUCACUUCCUGGUGGCUUACAUCAGGCCAGAAAUGGACACGGAGUGGACGUAUAUUCGGGAGCCCAUUGUGACUAACUCCAUGGUUUUGAAGGGGUUAUUACCGGAAACAGAGUAUCAGUUUGUUGUCAGGGCGGUCAACGUACACGGAGCCAGCCCACCCAGCCACAUCAACAACCCUGUGCGCACUCUCGGUCCAUCAGAUGUUGGCAGUGGUGAUUACGGGCGUUACAUCACAGAUUCAAAGAUCAAAGAUGAAGAUGGCUUCGACAUUGACGACUCUGAUUAUGAUAUCUUUAUUGAAGAGUUGAAGCCAUUCCCUGGUAUCAGUGAGGACAACAGGAAGUCUCAGCUCCGCUCACGCUCUGGUCCGCCAUCUGGUCGUAACGUUGUUUACCGUAUGAACACCAUCGCUCCUCCCAACGUUACUGCCCCUCCAGCUUCAUCCUCGUCCAUCUUCCCAGACUUCACAGAUCUGGUAUUCCCAACCACCUUAGAGGAGAGUACCACUAUGGAUACCACAACUACUGCCCCACUCACCACUACCAGCAUCACUGUGCCCACCACCACCACCACUCCAACCAUGUCCCCCUGGAAAGGUGAGGUACCUCGUGUGUACGACCUGACAUGCGAUGACACUGUGUGCCCCCCUGACAGCUUCUGUCUUAGUGAUUACGACAGUGGAGGCUCGCGCUGCCACUGUAACCUCGGGCGAAGAGGGGACACUUGCUCUGAGGUGGUACCUGUGAACUUUCCCAGGUUCUAUGGCUACUCUCAUAUCACCUUUGAACCCUUGAAGAAUUCUUACCAGACAUUUCAGAUCACUUUGGAGUUCAAGGCAGACUCCGAGGACGGCUUGUUGCUAUACUGUGGAGAGAAUGAACACGGACGUGGAGACUUUACCUCUUUGGCUCUGGUGCGAGGCAAGCUGCACUACAGGUUUAACUGUGGUACAGGAGCAGCUCAGAUAGUCAGUGAGAGUCGUGUUGUUGUUGGUCAGUGGCACACAGUCACCGCCUUCAGAGAUGGCAUGAGCGGCUGGCUGCGCAUGGACAACGAUAACCCCAUAUCUGGACGCUCACAGGGCCAGUACACUAAGAUCACGUUCCGCUCCCCAUUGUAUGUGGGUGGAUCCCCGAGUGCUUAUUGGCUGGUCAGGGCAACAGGGACAAAUCGUGGCUUUGUCGGCUGCAUUCAGAGUCUGAGCAUCAACAACAAGGCCACAGAUAUCAGACCAUGGCCUCUGGGCCGAGCUCUGAGUGGAGCUGACAUAGGUGAGUGCAGCGACAGCGUAUGUGACCUGGUGAGCUGUGCCAAUGGUGGAGUCUGCUUCGCAAACCGUGCCGAUGGCUACAUCUGCCUAUGCCAAUUGGGCUUCAGGGGAGCUCUUUGUGAAGAGAGGUUUUCACUGUCCUCCCCUCUCUUUAAUGAGACAGUAUUUUCAUAUGCUGUCAUCCCGUGGCCUCAGUCCUCUCAGAGUUAUCUGUCCUUUAUGGAGUUUGAGCUCACGUUUCGGCCGUCGAUGCCCGACGGGACGCUGCUGUACACUGAUGACGCAGGCAGCGGAGACUUCCUGGCUAUUAACCUGGUGGACAGAUAUGUAGAGUUCAGAUUUGACUGUGGCUCUGGAGGUGCUACAAUAAGGAGUGAAGAGCAGAUCAGUCUAGACACAUGGCAUGAACUCAGGGUGUCCCGCACAGCAAAGAGCGGUAUCCUUCAGGUGGACAGCCAGAGGCCAAUGGAAGGCAUCGCUGAGGGAGCUUUCACUCAGAUCAACUGCAGCUCGCCUCUUUAUGUUGGUGGAGUACCAGAAUAUGAUAAAACCAAGAACACAGCAGGAGUAAUAAAGCCCUUCACUGGAAUUAUUCAGAAGCUGAUACUCAAUGACCGCACCAUCCCAAUAACAACUGGCUCUGCUGGUGGAGUUAAUGUGGCGAAUUCAGCACACCCAUGUGUGGAAAGUCCCUGUGCUAAUGGAGGGACGUGCAGGCCAAAGUGGGAUACUUACGAGUGUGACUGCCCACUAGGGUAUGAUGGGAGGCACUGCCAGAAAGAAUGUGGGAAUUACUGUUUGAACACCGUGACUGAAGCCAUAGAGAUCCCACAGUUCAUUGGCCGAAGUUACCUGACAUAUGACAACAGAGAUAUUCUGAAAAGGGUGUCUGGGUCCAGGACCAACCUCUUCAUGCGUUUUAAGAGCACAGCCAAGGAUGGCCUGUUGCUAUGGCGAGGAGACAGUCCAAUGAGACCCAACAGUGACUUCCUGUCUAUGGGGCUUCAGGACGGUGCACUAAUCUUCAGUUAUAACCUGGGCAGUGGUGCAGCUAACAUUGCUGUCAACGGGACAUUCAGUGAUGGAAAGUGGCACAGAGUCAAAGCUGUGAGGGAUGGCCAGUCAGGGAAGCUGACAGUGGAUGACUAUGGAGCAAAAACAGGCAGGUCACUUGGAAAGAUGAGACAACUCAAUAUCAACGGACCCUUAUAUGUUGGUGGCAUGAAAGAGAUAGCACUUCACACAAACAGACAGUACAUUGGAGGCUUGGUGGGCUGCGUGUCCCACUUCACACUCUCCACUGAUUAUCACUUAGCACUGGUGGAGGAUGCUUCUGACGGCAAGAACAUCAACACCUGCUCCAACUAGAGAAUGACUUCAGUACAUGAAGGUCCAUUUUAAGCACCAUUUUCAACUGGAGUGAACAUCUCAACCAGCUGAUUUGUCAUCUUGAAACUGACUAACCAGCACCAAAUGAGUGAAAACUGAAAACAAUAAAAUUUUGGUCUACCAAUUCAGGGCUGACAUGGUGUAAACUCAGUUUCGACACAUGGCAACAGCAAAAAACGACCAGAGGAUAUUACAAAGCACAAGUACUCUGUGAAAGGAGAGAAAAGCUUAGCAUUAUGGGUAAUUUGAAAAACCUUUUGAAGGACAUUUUUUUUCAUGGGAUGAUUCCAAUCGUAUCUUAAUUUUUCUACUGUAAAUCCUUAUUUGAUUGCUGGAAGAACCAAGUGAUCCGAGGGAUCAAGAGUCAUCACAAGUUUUUCACGAACCUGACCUAGAGCAGCUAGCAGAGAUAAACUUCUUUGUAGAGGAUUUUGGUCCUAGAGGAUUUCUGUUGUUUUUGUUGUUGUGGCAUUUGUAUUCUUGUUUGUGAUGUAUUAUCAGUCUGUAGACUACAUUUUUUGAAAGUCUGGUUAAUGUCGUUUUUAAAAAAAGAAAUUUGCUAGAUUUGAAGGGUGAAGAUGUCAGCUGCACACAAUAUUUGUUUCUUUAUACCUUCUUCUUUUAGUUUACAUGCUCCUUUAUUUGGAACACCGAGAUACUGGUCACAUGAGAGUCUGAUGUUGACAUGGUAAAGCAGCCAAAAUCCUGGAGAAGUUGUGUGUGACAGUCUGUUACUAUCAUUUGACACAAAGCACAGUACUGUGCAGUUGAGGCUUCAAGUUGUGUUGCUUUGUAGUGUUUGUUUUCACACCAAAGAAUAUAGAUAAUUUCUCUUGUUUAAGCAUUUGCAGUGCAAGAUUGUCAAUGUAGUGCUUUCUCGUGCUUGAGCUUCACUUUUCAAAAGGGACAUUCUGCGAAUGUUCCAUCUUUUCUACAUUUUGUUGAAUUAUUCUUGGCUGACUUAUAUUGUGUUGCCCCCUCCCUAAAAAAAGUGACACCAAUGUCCAAAGGGGAUGGUUUGCCCAUUAGAGCUACACCCUGGUUUCAAAGUUUGACCUCACAACAAAUCCAGUUAAAAAAAAAAAAAAAUCAGUUAUUACAGGAGUUCACAUCUUGAAUUUAUUUGAGGAGAAUGAAAGAAAAUCAGUGGUGGCCUGUGCCAUUUUCAAGUGUGUCAAAUCUGAAAGGCAUUUCAAUUGAGGUGCGUCCAAUAAAAUACACGUGUGACUGUGGAAUGUAAAUGAACGUAAGGGAUGUGAUCCACCACUGUGUGAUUAUAUGGGUUGACCCUCCACUGUACAAAAUGUAGCAUCUAUUGACUGUGUGCACAUGUUUGUUAAAUAGCUGUUACCAAUAGACUAUAGGAAAAUGUUGAUGUAGCAUCUGUGAUGUCAGCACAUGUCUGAAGAUCCAUUUAAAGGUCCAGUGUAGGAUUUAGCGGCAUCUAGUGCAUUUAGUGGCAUCCCCUUCCAAGCGCCAAAGAGAAACCACGGUAGUAGUGGAACGCGCAAAAAACAUGGACGCCCCUAUUUGCCCCUUCUGGGCUACUGUAGAAACUAGGGCUGUCCCCAACUAAAGAUUUUCCUAGUCGGUUAGUAGUUGUUAGUUAAAGCCAUUGACUUGUUGUUGCACGUUUAUUCAAAUACAUAUAUAUCUAUAUUUUAACAGCCACCUGUUAAAAGCUGACGUACAACACAUUUACUUAAUUAAUUUCAACACAGUGUCCCAUUACACAAGUCUCUUUAUUUAAAACAUGGAAUAAAUGUACAGUUAGCACAUGCAGCAGUGCUGUGUUACAAGGUGCAACUCCUGAAAGGAGUUUGACAUUGUUAUUUUUGUCUCAGGGUCGACUAAGACGGUUUAGCUGACUCUUAGGGGGCAGCCCUAGCAGAAACAUGAUGGUUCAACGUGGCAGACUCCAUGGAAGGCGACCCACAGCCUCUGUAGAUAUAAAAGUCUCAUUCUAGGGUAACAAAAAAAUAAAGGUUCUUAUUUUCAGAUGAUUAUACACUAAUGAAAACAUAGUUAUAUGUAUUAUUAUUAUAUUAUUUCUGCCAAUAGAUCCUCCUAAAUGUUACACACUGGACCUUUAAAGCUUAAACUUAUUGAAGACAGAUAAUCUAAAAUUCUGCAAAGGACCGGGGUGGAGCUGAAAUGAGACGAGCAAGUAGAAACCACUACGGUGGUGCAGAGUGUGCACAUCCCAAGUCACACGACUACUCAAGCCUUAAUAUCCCCCUUAAUAUCUUAAUAAUACAUGUAUGGUCCUAAGGAAGUGUAUUAGGUGUCACCAAUUUGUUAUAUGAUGAAAGUCUGAUUGUGAGUGAGUUUGAAAGUAUUCUUUGCAGGCUUGUAGUCACUUCCACUGCAAGAUCAUAAAACAGAAACACAUUAAGUGAGUUAAAUAACAUUAGAUUUGAUUUGCAAAAAAAUGUACACUGUAUUUGUAAUUGGUACACUGUGACAGCUGCCUGUCAAGAACUAGACUCUGCAAAAAUAGCCUGCCAAUUAAAUAACUUUCUAACCAAA